CUUUUUUGCUUGGGGUUCCCCAAGCCACCAAAGGUCAAGCAGGUAGCAAGGUAGGCAAGGACAUCCUUGCACUGUCUUCUGAACUGUGUUUGGUUGACGCGCCAUAAAAUACAACAGAGCAGAUUCCCUCAGUUCCUUCUUCCGCAGGGAAGCAGGCAGUUGGGAUUAUAUAAGACGUUGAAACAAAACCACGAUGAAACACCACACAGAUGGGGUUAACACGGUAUAACAUGGUAUAACUAACGCCUUCUUGCCGCGCUUUGUUGGAACCGCUUCCGCAGCUGUUCCCAGCUUCAGUGUGGCGAUUGUUGAUCUCGCUGUCGUGAACAUGGGCGAGGAGAAGGAGGGAUGGGUGGAGACCACCGUGAAGCCCGUCACAAGCGGAUGCUGCUUUUGGUUUCGCAUGUUUCCGCCCAUCAAGUGGUUCCUUGCCUUCAUGAAGUGGCUCUUCUUGUCCCGCAUGGAGUACAAGGUGUUGAAAAUCGCUCGGGAGCUCUUCCACGUGGUAAAUGCUGAUGAGUCUUGUUGCUCCGAUUGUCCCUACCGGCAUCUCAGCAAGAUGGAGAGGAUGUAUCUUCAUCGAAUCUUAAAGGACGAGCAGCGGUGGGGAGGCGAAAACAAGAAGUUCAUCAAGACCUUCCAAUCUCAAAUUGUCGCCAUGCAGAAGGAGGAGAGCGACGCUGGAGAGUCCGUCACCGAGGCAGAGUUUUGCAACGCCGUGCUCUACGCGACGCAGGAGUAUAUGGAAAAAAUUGUCAAGAAGAUGCAUGAAGAGAUUAAGAAGGAGUACAAGUCAGAUGAGAAGAUGGCGGAAGCUCCCUGACGGCGAUGGGCUUUGCACAAGACGUGCAAGGAACUUCGGGCGGCGCCCACCACAUAUGGGGGGCGCCCUGAGAUGGGAGACUUCUGUGGCGCGUUUGUCACUUUCGUCUCUCACAGAGUUUCCAUGGCUUGUGUUCCAGUCCCUAGUCCAAGUGUCAUCAAGCGUCCCAGUCCUCAGUCCCGGUAAACCGAUCAGUGGAAUUGACCGCCUUAUCGUUUGAGUAUACAAAGUCCCACACCAAACUCCCACACCGUGACAUGGACAGCUCGUCUAUCCGAUUUUCGGUCUGCACCUGGCACAAUGUGCAGCCAGAGCUUUCUGAUGGCUCAAUUUGAUUGGGUGUGUCUCAAGAAGGUCAGUUGGUGUAUAUGAUGUAUAUGUGAGUACGUGUGUGUGUGUGUGUGUGUGUGUGUGAGCCGUGAGCAGACCCAUAAACAGGACAUUCCGAGAGUUCAAUAAGAUGAUCUUCACGUGCAUUCACUAUGAAGGAAUCUAUGGCUGCCAGGACCACUCGUCAUUUACAGCACCAUCAUGUCCAAGUGUGUCAUCAUUUAAAUUUCCUGCACCAAAUCAUCCAGGUCGGCCUUUUUCACUUACCUAGAUCAUUCACAGCAUCCACAGCUGACUUCUGUGAGCUGGUUGGGGCUGUGUUUCAGCAACCAUCGUGAAGGUUACAACCAUCUCCACACCAGGUGGAGCAAAACAACUCAUCAACCACUUAUGCCACAGCAAAGCUUCUGGUGUAGCCACUGUGGCCUUCUGGGCAAUUUCGGGCUGAUUGCCACUGAGGCUCCAUCCAGCAGUAGCAGCAGCAGCAGCUCCUGAAAUAGUGUUUAUUACAUAGAACUGGGGUCUUAGGGAUGUCUUUUCACAUCUUUUAGAUAUAUGUGGGUUUGUCUCAGAACAGGAAACCUCCGCAAAUGAGCUCAGGCUUCAAUCCUAAACGGUGAAUACCAUGUCCACCAGUCAGUCCUGCUUGGUACCUUAAGCCUUAAGCAGCAUUCGGACAGCACUCGGUUGGUCGACAUGCCUUUCUUCCUCAGGUUCUUGCUU